UAUGUCACUGAGUGCUGACAGUUCCCAUGGAGUUUGACCGUGGCAAAGUAAAAAUGUCUUACGUCGUAUUCAAUAACCCAAAGCUGGUCGAAAAGACACUUUUGCGCGACUUACCUCAAAGUUCAGUGGUGGCAAAGAGAACAGCCGCUCACUCACAUUUAAGGACAACAUUAUGGCCAUUCACAGGACAGUUACCAUUUUACUUGUGUUUACUGCUGUUAUUUCACUUUGUUGGUCUUUGCCAGAAUAUCGUCGUAUCGGUUGCUUUAGCGACAAUCGUGACAGAGCUCUGCCCAAGUAUCUUGGACUAUUUCGAUCAAAAAGUGAUCCCUUACUAUCAUGCUACCAAGAGUCACAAAGCAGAGGCUACAAGGUCUUUGCUAUGCAAAAUAACGGUGAAUGCUGGUCGGGACCCGACGCCCACACGACGUACGACAAACAUGGUCAGUCGGUAGUUUGUCGGAACAACCUCGGGGGUGCAUGGGCGAAUGAUGUGUUCAUCAAAGCGUACUUCCAUGUGGGAUGUUUUGAAGACAGGUCACACAGAUCAAUAAGGAAUUACUAUGGCAGUUUCUCAGGAGCUGAUGCAGUCCAGAAAUGCUAUGAAAAAGUGGUAGGRAAGGGUUUCCAUGCGUUUGGUGUACAAAACAAUGGUGAAUGUUGGUCGUCAAACUCAGCAGAUUCUAAAUACAACUUGUAUGGACCUUCUAACAAAUGCAGGAACGGAAAAGGGGGAGGCUGGGCCAAUGAUGUCUACUUUAUUCACGACUAUUCACCCAAGUACGAGCACCAUGGCUGUUACCGAGACAUGGCUAAUAGAGCAAUGGGAAGCCUUCAGGGAGCAAGAAAAAACCGUAACGACGCCAUCGAGAAGUGUUAUGAAGACGCCAUUAAGGGUGGUUUCAUUAUGUUUGGUUUACAACACGGUGGCGAGUGUUGGUCUGGUGAUAAGAUUGAAUUGACUUACAGCAAGUAUGGUGAAGCUGGCGACUGUAAAGACGGUCUUGGUGGUAGCUGGGCUAACGACGUCUAUUCUGUUAAYUACUUCAGGAAAGGAUGCUACAAAGAUGGUUCACCAAAAGCGAUGGGUGAUUUCCUGGGUAGAUUUACUGGGCCAGACGCUGUGCUGCGCUGUUACCAGAAGGUACACGAAUUACUUUACACAGUCUUUGGUGUCCAAAAUGGCGGAGAUUGUUACUCUAGCAAAGAUGCUUCAGAGAGUUUUGAUAAGUACGGUGCUGGUUCAGACUGUAAGGACGGCACAGGGAGUCCAACAUCCAAUGACGUUUACUUUGCUCCUGGAUUCGACCCAUACAAAAAGUUGCAYCCUAGAGAAGGAUGCUUCAAAGACUCAAGAGAUCGAGCAUUGCCUGUUUAUAUUGGUUUCUUCAGCCAAAAUGCAAUCCAUAGGUGUUUCCAGGAAGUUUUAGCAAAGAAAUGGACAUACUUUGGUGUGCAGAAUAAUGGUGAAUGCUGGUCAGGCCCUGAUGUAGCUUCUACUUACGGCAAACAUGGAGUAGGUACUGGCUGCUACAAUGGUCUUGGUGGACAAUGGCGUAACGAUGUUUAUAGACUUGCUUUCAAAAGUGAGGGAUGUUUCAACGACGAUCCAUUGCGUGCUCUGCCUGACGUCCUUGGUAUAUGGCCAAAAGUGUCACCAAGUGUUGCUUUAGCGAACUGCUUUGCAGCAGCCAAAGCAAAAGGUCUUACUGUAUUUGGAAUUCAGUAUGAUGGAGAAUGCUACUCAAGUCCCCACGGCCUGUCAGUGUACAAGAAAUAUGGUCCCGGUACCGGAUGCACCAAUGGUGUUGGAGAAAGUUGGGUCAAUGACGUGUAUUACAUCAAUUCUACGUCACAGUAUACGUCACUUGGUUGUUGGAAGGACGAGGCGUGGAGGAGAUUUGAGUUGCUUGGCACGUGGCGAGARGAUAGCUACCUCAAGUGCUUCGAAGCCGUCUCGGCCAAGGGUUACAAAGGGUUCGGGUUGCAGUACGGCGGAGAGUGUUGGUCAAGUGCUGAAAUACUGACGCGCUAUAACGAGCGAGGAAAAACGGACAUUUGUGAGGAUGGGAAGGGAAGUGACUGGGCCAAUGACAUCUACUUAAUGGCCAAGGGUUACAAAGGGUUCGGGUUGCAGUACGGCGGAGAGUGUUGGUCAAGUGCUGAAAUACUGACGCGCUAUAACGAGCGAGGAAAAACGGACAUUUGUGAGGAUGGGAAGGGAACCCAUGGCGAAGACGCAGUGCAUAAAUGUUACGAAUUGGCUGCCGCCAAAGGAUAUCACGCAUUUGCUCUCCAAAAUGGAGGAGAGUGCUGGUCGUCUGAAGAAGCUGAUAUAAAUUAUAACAUGCAUGGACUUGCGACGAAUUGUAAAGACGGCAAAGGGGGAGGCUGGUCCAAUGAUGUCUACUUUAUUCACGACUUUUCACCAAUGUACAAACGCCAAGGUUGCUAUAGAGACGAAAGAGACAGAGCCAUGGGAAGUCUUCAGGGUUCAAGAAAAAACCGUAACGACUCCAUCGAGAGGUGUUAYCAAGACGCCGUUAAGGGUGGUUUCACUAUGUUUGGUUUACAACACGGUGGUGAGUGUUGGACUGGUGAUAAACUUGAAAAGACUUACAGCAAGCAUGGUGAAGCUGACAACUGUAAAGACGGUCUUGGUGGUGUCUGGUCUAACGAUGUCUACUCUAUAAACUUCUACAGGAAAGGUUGCUAUAAGGAUGACUCGCCAAGAACGAUGGGUGUAUUUCUGGGCAGCUUUACUGGUCCAAACGCUGUACUACGUUGUUACCAGUUAGUUAAGGACAGAAAGCAUAGUGCGUUUGGUGUGCAAAACGGUGGUGAUUGCUACACUAGUUAUGAUGCAAUGGCAGUGUAUGAUAAGUAUGGCGCUGGGUCUGAUUGUAAAGACGGCAAAGGUGGCCCCUCAUCUAACGACGUGUAUUUUAUCAAUCGUUUUGAUAAGAAUGAUAAGUUGUACCCAAGAGAGGGUUGUUUCAAAGACAAAAGAGAUCGAGCCCUUCCAGUGUACCUUGGCUACUUCCACAAAAAUGCCGUAAACAGUUGUUUCAGAGCAGCUUUAGCAAAGGACUGGAGGUUUUUUGGGAUACAAAAUGGCGGCGAGUGUUGGUCGGGACCUAACGUCAUCGCUACGUUCUCAAAACAUGGUGCUGGUACUAAGUGUCACAAUGGCUUGGGUGGAGUAUGGAAUACCGAUGUUUAUAGAAUCGCUUUCCAGCACAAAGACUGUUAUGUUGACGAUCCAUUGCGCGCUCUGCCUGAUGUCCUUGGUAUAUGGCGCAAAGUUUCACCAAGUGUUAUUUUAGCGAAGUGCUUUGAAGCAGCCAAAGCAAAGGGUCUUAAAGUAUUUGGAAUUCAGUACGAUGGAGAAUGCUACUCAAGCCCUAACGGCUUGUCAACGUACAAGAAAUAUGGUCCAGGCACAGGAUGCACCGAUGGUGUUGGAGAAAAUUGGGUCAAUGACGUGUAUUCCGUCGACUCUACGUCACAGUAUACGUCACUUGGUUGUUGGAAGGACCGGCCUUGGAGGAGAUUCGAGUUGCUUGGCACCUGGAAAGAGGAUGUCUAUCGCAAGUGCUACGAGGCAGUAACUGCGCGUGGUUGGAAAGGUUUUGGUAUUCAAUAUGGUGGUGAGUGUUGGUCAAAUAAAGACAUUGAGACUCUUUACAAUGUACGUGGUAAAUCCACCGACUGCAAGGAUGGUAGAGGUGGUGAAUGGGCAAACAACAUUUACCUAGUCUAAGAGCGACAUUUUCAAGAUAGACCAAGUCAUCCAAUGACCAGUGGCCAAAUUAGAAGUAACAGGAUUCACAAUGUAGACAUUCAUUGACGCUUAGGUGUACACAAGACUUAUUGUUAAUCGCUUUCAUGGGAUGUUGACAAUUAUAAAAUAAAAAUCAAAUUCAUGGGAAAAUGA